AUGGAAAUAUUAGAGGUAUCUACAAUUGCCUCCAAAAAGAAAUUCGUCAGUCUCUUCGCAACCAUCGAAAUGGAUGUUUCGAUACAUUCGGGAAAUAUAGAUUAUGAAUGGGCUAUCGCCAUAAAUCGAGCUUGUCUAAAAUUGCUCGGUGCCUGGCCAGACAAUAACGAAACUGAACAGAGAAAAUUCAAUGUACGAAUAAUCUCGAUAUUAAUCGUGAUGAUUUGUAGCUGUCUCAUCCCGAGUAUACAUGCGCUCAUCAGGAUCUGGGGCGAUUUUAUGUUGAUGGUUGAUAAUCUGCAAUACACUUUACCGUUUCUCGUCGUAAUACUUAAAACUUGUAUCCUGUGGCGCAAGUCUAAAGAGCUCGCACCUAUCUUGAGAAUGGUCAAGGAGGACUGGUUAAAGUUCAAGAUGAAGAGAGAAAGGGAUAUUAUGAUAAAACGAGCGCGAAUCGCGCGCAUAAUCACGAUAUGCGGAUAUUUCAUGGUUGUGUGCACAUUUAUUUUCGCCAUGUUGCUACCGACGUUCGGUGUCAUAACACCUGCAUACGCGACGAAUACGAGUGAUCCAGAUCAUUGGCUGCUGAUGCCAACGUAUUACAUAUACGAUACAAAUAGGAGUCCAUCCUACGAAAUAACGUUAAUUUUGCAGAGUAUCGGUGUGAUAUCAGCCGGUGCUAUCUUUACCAGUACGGACAAUCUGCUAGGGUUGCUGAUUUUCCACGUCUGCGGUCAACUAGAAAACCUCAAAACGCGUAUCCUUCAUCUCGACCAGAAUGACUUCUACAAUACCCUGUCGUACAAUGUGCAGGAUCACAGACGUCUUAUUAGGUUUUAUGUCGCCCUUCGUCUUGUUAUUUUGUCUUUAUCCUCAUGA